AUGCCUGCAGCUCAGAUCAUCAAGAAGAGGAAGGCCGGAUCGAGUACAAAGGGCAACGUGGUCAAGAGCAAGCCAGUAUCGAAACGUCCCCGCCUCUCCCCCUCGCCUUCCGGAUCGAGCAGCGAAGACGACGGCGAUGAUGCGCCUAGCAAUAAGGCGUCUAUGCUAGCCGCGCUCGAGGCGCACAGUCGAGCUCUAUUGGGUCUUGGGGACGACGAGGCUGAGAGUAGCGCGAUGGCGCAGCGGAGAGCGGCGUCUUCUGACGAGGGCGACGAUGAGGAGGAGGAGAUGUCCGAUGAUGGAUGGGGCGCGGGAGAUGGGAUGGUCAGUGAUAGCGAGGACGAGUUUGCGACAGGCGGAGCGGCGGUGAAAGCUGCUGCAGUUCAGCCUGUAAGGGUUCCGGAGGUCGUCUUUGCCCAGACGGGUGGAAGAGGCGCUGAGCAGCUAUCAAAAGCUGAGCGUAGAGCAUUCCUGAACGGCACUUCUGCUAAAAUGAUGGCUCUGCCUUCCAACUCCGACGCAGCCACUUCCUCCCGCAAGCCCACCACUGCCGAGGAUGCCGAGGAAGCUACCAACUCCUCCCUCGACAAGACGCUCCAUUCUCUCCUCACCACGUCGCUCCUCCCAUCCCACACGCUCGAUGCCGCCUCCCGACCCGUCGAAAAGCGGGACGCGGUCUCUUCCCGUCUGCUCCAACUUGCGGGGUACGCUCUACCCGGAGAAACCACCUCCCCCGCCGCCGAGUCGAAACAUAAAGGUCACUCGGCCAAGAUCAAGACGGGAAUCAUGAAGGCCGGGGCGAAGCGGCAAGAGAAAGAGCGGGCCGAGGCGGAGCAGGCGGGAAGUUGGGUUAGGGGGAAAGGGGGACUAGGGGAUCUGGGCAAGAGGGGAGAAGGGGUGGGUGGGAUGAAGAGGAAAGAGGAGAGAUUGGGCCUGGGUCAGGAGAAGAAGAAGAAGGGGAUGGAGAAGGGUGGGAAGGAGAGGGAGAGGGGGUUGGGAGUAGGUGCGGGAGUGGGGAGGUUCGAUGGUGGUGUGCUGAAGAUCAGUGAGCGGGAGAUUGGGCGGGUGGAGCGGAUGAGCGGGGGAGGCAGGGGCGGAGUCAGGGGCGGAGGCAGGGGAGGAAGGGGAGGUAGGGGCGGCAGAGGCGGAGCAGGUAGAGAAGGGGGUAGUGGAAGAGGUAGAGGGGGCGGGAGGGGAAGGGGAUAA